CAGCACAACAAGAAGCUUACACUUGUCAAUCCACCCCUUCUUAAUCCACUUUUCCCACCCUUCCACACCGAGAUGUACGUUAAUGAUAUGCUUUUGAUGAAACAUUGGCGCUGGUAGCCCACAUACUAGAUCAUGCCGUCGUUUCCACCGCGGAUCACUCGAUUCCUACUCCUUACGCUCCUUUCGCUUUCCAUCUUCGCACUUGUGCUCAAGUUUUCAAUCCUUACAAGCCUCUGGAGCGAGAAACUCGUCAUAAAGCCACAUCAGGACAGUAUUCUUUAUCAGGAACUAAAGUCGCUAGACGAGCAAGGGGUUACAUUACCACAGCAAGCUAGUGGAAGCCAACACGACUUCGAGGCUGGGACGCCAAUUGUGGGAAAAACCUAUUCGCGUAGGAUUAUAGUUCCUAAGACAAAACAUGAGGACUUAUCGUGGCUGGAUGAAAAGCUAUGGAACGUUUCCAAGGCUGUGUACGCAGUUGACGACGAGCAUGCACUGCUACACCCACCUAAAAACAAGGGCAAUGAGGUCAUGGUGUAUUUAAGCUACAUCAUUGACCAUUAUGAAAAUCUUGCGGACAUCAACAUCUUCAUACAUUCGCAUCGGUGGGCGUGGCACAAUAACGAUUUGCUUGACGGAGACAUGUUCUUGAUGCUACGCCAUUUAAAUGAUGCGCGCGUUAUACGAGAAGGCUAUAUGAACUUACGCUGUCAAUGGUACCCAGGUUGUCCGAACUGGUUACGUCCGGACGCACAGCACGAAGAUAUGGAGAAGAGGGAAGAAAAGUAUGUCGCUCAGGCCUGGCGGGAGAUUUUCCCAGGGAGACCUGUACCGCAGGUUCUUGGUCAACCGUGCUGCAGCCAGUUCGCUGCAUCUAAGGACAGCAUAAGAAGAAUAUCGUUAGCAGAGUAUGAGAGAAUACGCAAGUGGGUACUAGAAACAAAAAUUCGCGAUAGCAUGUCCGGUCGCAUUUUUGAAUAUCUGUGGCAGUAUCUUUUCACAGGUCAGCACACACAUUGUCCAGGUAUACACACCUGUUAUUGUGACGGCUAUGGCGCAUGCUUCGAGGACGAAGAUGACUUUCAGUCUUGGUUUAAGACACGAUUCGAGAUUAGGAAGGAUGAGUGGGAAAUGCAUAGCUGGAUUGAGAACGAAAUAAAAUAUAGAAAUUUUGUCGACCAAAACAGAAAGGAAGAUGCGGAGAGGGUCGAGAGGGCGCCGGAUGGGAGGAUUGAUGAAUUGAAAUUGAGCAUACAGCAGAGAUGGAUUCAACUCGGUCUAAGGAGAGACCAGGCUUUAGAGAGAGGUAGAGAUCCAAAAGUGAGGGCUAAGAUUGCAGGAAGAGAAUGGAACGAAGGCGAUGGAUACUAAGUUUGGUUCAAAACGACGACAAAAGUUUCGAUUUGCUUUGAAUGCAGCAUUGACAACCCUUAACGCAGAAUUUCGCGAACUGGCUAUCAGGUCAGAUUGGUCAUUACGAUAGAACGAAGUUACGUGGUUCACUGGCAUAUAUCCUCUGCUAUCCUAGCGGCCUUUGCUUCAAUAGCGUCUUCCCCAAUAAUAUCCACUUCGGUCCAA